UUAAAUAUUUUGCUCAAAGUACACCUUAUGUUUGCAUGAGAAUAAAGUGUUGUCAUUGUGUAUUUAAAUAAGAAAAAAAAUGAAUGUUUAGGGUUCUAUCUAAAUAUGUAUAUCUGUCUUAAUUUUCAUUCACUCUUUCAGGUCAAGUUGUCUUUUCUCAUGGUGGGCCAUACCCAUGAAGAUGUCGACCAGAUGUUUUCAAGAUUGUCGGUCCAUUUAUCUGGGAUGGCAGUGCCAACUCUUGCAAGACUACAGCAAUUGGUGCAGGAGGCAUACAGUCCAACCCCAACAGUUCACCACCUUGAAAAUCUUUGGGAUUACAGGCAGCUGGGUAUUCAGGCACCUGUCCAUCUGAAUGGCCACAGCACUCCCCACAGCUUUAGGUUCACGAAGGUCGGAGAUGAUGUCGUGAUGUCCUAUAAGGAGUGGCCACUGAAGUCCAACAGCUACCACUCCAUAGCAGUCACUGACCUAGCCAAGGCAUUUGAUGGGGAACCAGAUCCCAUUCAGCAAGUGACAGACAAAGGGGAGAGGGUGUUUGCUGCCAUGGAGGAAGAUCUGAGGAAAUGGAGAGAUGGUGGAAAGCUGAGCGAUGGCCAUGUGAGCUGGUGGCGGGAACAUCUUGAGAGGGAGAGAAGAUUUCCAAUGCCAAGGAUCCCAAAGGUCAGCUCCUUCGAGCCUCACUUGAGAGUCCACGAGAAUCCUGUCUCACUGCCUGCUAUGGAGGUCCUGGACAAUCAUAUUUCAAAUCUCAGGAAACAGUCUCAGGUCAGAGUUGUGAAGAGAAGAAGGUGAAGAGGAAGGUGAAGAGCAAGUGUGACCAUGAGAUGACUAUUUCAUUUUAUGCAUGAACUUCCUUUAUUUUAAUUCUUAGAUUUGUCAUUGUUGACAAAAUAUUAACAAAAUCUGGAAAGAAAGAUUUGAUGUAAAAAGUCCAUUUGUUUCCCUUUCACAUAAUGAAUAGUAAAAUUGGUUGUACUAAAAAUAAGCCAUGGUUAGUUAUGUUUAUAUGGAAAUUUAUUUUUGUUCAAGUCAGUAUUCCCUUCCCUGUGCCUUAGUCCUGGUGGUGAGAGUGACAACAUCACAUAUAUGUUAACUUCUCAACACUGCUUUGAUUUUUGUUUUUUUUUUUCUGAGCUAGACCAAGAUGAGCGAUAUGGUUCAUAGAGCCCUAAUCAUUAAAAGGCAAGACUGUUGUAGAUCUUAACUUAUUUUUUGUCUUUUUAUUUCAUUAAAUAUUAAGAUUUUUUAUUGUAGAUGACAUGAAUGUUUUAUUUUCAAACUUAUCAUUUUGUAUAGUUGAAUUUUAUUGUUGCUACCAUGAAAACAUGUGCCACAUAAUGAUUUUUGUUUUGGUAUUUAAGACUUUUGUUAAAAAAAAUUUGCAUGUGUUUUUGUCAAUGUUCUCUGUGGUGAUGUGAAAUCAAUUAUAUAUUGUAUGAUAUCAAAAAUAUUAAAAUUCAAUGUCAGAAAUACUUGUGUGUUUGAUUUUUUUAGGAACAAUCCGUAAAAAAAGUUUGCCAUCAAAACCUCCAAAUAGCGAGGGAAUAUAGAUGUUUAAAUUGCUUAGGCCAUGCAAAGUUAAUUUCUUGGUUCUCAGGCCCUUUUUCAAGAAAUAUGAUGAGGGAGGGAGGCAUUUUUUUUUUCUUUUUUAUUGCCCCCAAAUUAUGAUGAGGCAGCCCUAUACAUUGUACAAAACCUUAAAAACUGAUAAGGGAGGUGAUUUGGUGUCUAUAUUUUAUUGAUUUAGCAGUAAACAGGG